AGAUUGACAAACAACAUCAGUCUGAAUAUCAAGAGAUUGACAAACAACAUCAGUCUGAAUAUCAAGAGAUUGACAAACAACAUCAGUCUGAAUAUCAAGAGAUUGACAAACAAAAUCAGUCUGAAUAUCAAGAGAUUGACAAAAAAAAAAACAAAAAAAAACAUCAGUCUGAAUAUCAAGAGAUUGACAAACAACAUCAGUCUGAAAAUCAAGAUAUUAACAAACAACAUCAGUCUCAAUAUCAGGAGAUUGACAAACAACAUAAGUCUGAAUAUCAACAUACUGACAAACAACAUCAGUCUGAAUAUCAAGAGAUUGACAAACAACAUCAGUCUGAAUAUCAAGAGAUUGACAAACAACAUAAGUCUGAAUAUCAAGAUACUGACAGACAACAUCAGUCUCAAUAUCAGGAGAUUGACAAACAACAUAAGUCUCAAUAUCAAGAUACUGACAAACAACAUCAGUUUGAGAUGGGGGGGGGGGGACGUGUGGGUUUAG